UUGCGGCGACAGAACCGGAAGUGAGUUUCUUGAAUGGACUCUGACUCAUGAUUAAACUUGUGUAAAACAGUAAAAAUGAACAAACUGGAUACAAGUUCGGAGUUUGACUCGUAUGAGAUCGAGGAGCCGAGUGAUGAGGACCGAGCCGUCAGCAGCUCAGAGGACGAGCUGGACGUGCUCCUCAACGGGACUCCAGAACAGAAGAAGAAGCUGAUCCGAGAGUAUCUGACGGGGGAGAGCGAGUCAUCCAGUGGGGAUGAGUUCGAGAAGGAGAUGGAGGCGGAGCUUAACUCCACCAUCAGGACCAUGGAGGGAACCUGGGCUCCAAAGGCAGCAGCAGAGACGUCAGGAGGAGGAGAAGGAGGAGGAGGAGGAGGAGGAGGAGGAGGAGGGUCUGGCCUCCCAAACUCUGCCAUGUACGAUAAAGUUUACUUUGACUCGGACUCAGAGGACGAGGACACGCCCAGCAGUUCCACCGGACGGAGGCGGAGACAGAGGAUCAUCCCGACCAAUGACGAGCUGCUAUACGACCCCGACGAAGACGACCGGGACCAGGCCUGGGUCGACGCCCGGAGGAGAGAGUACACCAGCAGGAAGCGAUCGGCGCCGUGUCAGUCUCAUCUUCGACGGCCUCAGGGUUUACCGAGCAGCGACGCCGUCCUCAACUGUCCCGCCUGCAUGACCACGCUGUGUCUGGACUGUCAGAGACAUGAGACGUACCGGACCCAGUACCGGGCCAUGUUUGUGAUGAACUGUACGGUGAAGACGGACGAGGUGUUACGGUACAAAGGCCAACCGGAGGGGAAACAGAGGAAGAGGAGGAAGAGGAGGAGGGGGCCGAAGGACGAGGACCCGAGGCCAGACCCGGAACCGGAGGGACUGGACUCAGAUGAGGUCUACCACCCGGUCCAGUGUUCUGAAUGUUCCACCGAGGUGGCUGUGUUCGACAAAGACGAGGUUUAUCACUUCUUCAACAUCCUGGCCAGUCACUGCUGAGGAAGAGGAGGAGGAGGAGGAGGCUGAAGGAUCUGGACUAGGAUCUGACCCUGGGGGGACUGGACUCAUCAACAUCCUGGCCCGUCACUGCUGAGGAAGAGGAGUAUGUUUAAAACGAGGAUGAUGAGGAUGAUGAUGAAGAUGGAGACGUCCUGGUUCCUGGACGUUGGCUCCAUUUCCAGAUCUUCGUUGACAUCAUUUCCUGGAGUUAAAACUCAAACUUAGGUUUAUUUUUCAGAUGUUUGUGAUGGGAUGGUCUCAGCGUCUGAUCAGGAACAUGGACGGGUGUCAGUGUUUUGGGUUUUUUUCUUCAUUCCUGACGUUUUUAAUUGAUCAGUUUCCUGGUUAAACCCAGAUCAGGCUGGUUUUAUGGUCCUCCAGGUGCAGAACGUGUGCAUGUCGAGUCAAUCUUCUGUUUCACUGGAGGUGAAUGUUUUUACCAGAAUCGUUCUGGAAUAAAACCUGAACAGUUUGGACUCUGA